UGUGGAGAUGAGAAGGUACACAUAGGCCACAAGCAUUUUCACUUAUAAUAAUAUCCACUUAACUAAUUCUUGAAACUCUGGUUCAAGAAAACAACAAUGCCAAUCUUCACAGCAGCACUUGGCUCAGCUGCUUCCCUGUAUUUUCAUUCUCAUGAUAACAUUAACAGUACCUCUACUCUUCUCCACACUCUCAGUAGCCCACCUUCCUGUUUCUGUCGAAACUCGAUUUCGUUUAAGCGCAUUAAUGCCUCUGUUAAUCAGUCUUCCACUGUUGCUGAUUCCCCUGCUCCUGCUCCUCCUCCUCCUCGGGGAUCUGCUGAUUGGAAGGCAGCAAAGACUUAUAUCGAAAAAGGACUUAUCUAUCAAGGAAGGAUUGAAAACUUUAAUGGUGGAGGUUUGCUAGUGCGCUUUCAGUCUCUCUUGGGUUUCCUUCCCUUCCCGCAAUUGAGCCCGUCUCAUUCAUGUAAAGAACCAAACAAGAGCAUUCAAGAAAUCGCAAAAGCUUUGACCGGUUCUCUUAUUUCUGUUAAGGUAAUCCAGGCAGACGAAACCAAUAAGAAACUAAUCUUAUCUGAGAAAGAAGCUGCCUGGGUAAAAUAUUCCCGGAAAGUUUCUGUUGGGGAUGUAUUUGAUGCAAGGGUAGGUUCUAUUGAGGAUUAUGGUGCAUUUCUACAUUUACGUUUCCCAGAUGGCCUUUAUCAUCUCACUGGUCUCGUUCAUGUCUCGGAGGUAUCAUGGGAUUUGGUUCAAGAUGUAAGAGAUAUCUUACACGAGGGUGAUGAAGUGCGUGCAAAAGUUAUUAAAAUAGAUAGCUCAAAAUCAAGAAUUACAUUGUCUAUCAAACAAUUAGAGGAAGAUCCUUUGUUAGAGACAUUGGACAAAGUGAUUCCUAAGGAUGGCUCAGCUGGCUCUGAUUCUUCCGGUGAUGAUGAGAGCUAUGAUAUUGAGCCUCUUCAGGGUCUUGAAGCAAUUGUAGAAGAGCUACUACAGGAAGAUGGUAUAAGUGAUGUGCGAAUCACUCGCCAAGGAUUUGAGAAACGCGUGGUUUCACAAGACCUGCAGCUCUGGCUAUCGAAUGCCCCUUCUACUGGUGAACAGUUCACUCUUCUAGCCCGAGCUGGACGACAGGUGCAAGAAAUACAAUUGACUACUGUACUCGAUCAAGAAGGUAUCAAGAAAGCAUUGCAGAGAGUACUGGAACGCGUCCCAUAAGUCAUAUCGUUACAAAAUUAUAAAUAAUUGAAGUACAUAACAAAUUCUUGUUUCGUUUACACUUUCCAAGUUUGAGCAGCUGCUCUGCAGAACAUAGCCUGACCAAAUUUUACUUGUAUAUUUUUUUUUUAAAUCAUAGAUUACAAUAUCACAUUGAACUCUUCCAACAAAACUAUAGUCACUGGUAUAUGGAAUGCUGGUUUUUUUCUAUCAGCA